ACGUCAAUAACUUCGACACGCAAUUCUAUUGGUCAAUGCGCUUCUGAGAGUGGUGUUUGUCAAAGAACGGUGGUUAAACUUGUCUGUCUCCUUUGCUACAUGCUAGGACGCGUCACAUGGGACAUUAUACUUUAACCUGACAGCUAACCUUUCUGCAGCCCUGUUUAACCUGUCACCCACUGCCCCUUCUCACUGUCGGACCAUUCAGACAACAACAUGGCGAGCGUUGGCCGGCUCUCCACCAAGGAUGCAGUGCUCUUCCUGUGUGACAUGCAAGAGAAGUUCAGACCCAACAUCUUCCAGUUCACCAACAUCGUGAGCAAUGCUGCCAGAGUGCUCCAGGCCAGCCGUGUUCUGGGUAUCCCCUCGAUUUUGACGGAGCAGUACCCAAAAGGUCUGGGUCCCACAGUACCAGAGCUGGGAGCAGGAGACCUGAAAGCUCAUGCUAAGACGUCAUUCACCAUGAUGAUCGAGGAUGUGGAGAAGGAGCUGCAGGCCCUGGGGAACCCCAAACAGGCUAUACUCUGUGGAAUCGAGGCACACGCCUGUAUUGCAUGCACAACAUUUGACCUGCUGGAAAAGGGAAUGGAGGUUCAUAUUGUGGCUGAUGCCGUCUCAUCCAGAAGCCAGACAGACCGUCUGUUUGCUCUGUCCCGACUGAAGCAGAGUGGAGCUUAUCUCACUACCACAGAGGCCGUUCUGCUGCAAUUGGUUCAAGACGCCAAACACCCCAACUUCAAGGAGAUCCAGAAGCUUCUGGCCCACCCGUCCCCUGACACCGGCCUCCUCGCCUUCUUCAGCGCUCUGUAGGGAGAUCAUCACCUUUCAUUCUGUCCCAAAAGAUACUGUACAGAGUUUCACUGCUUCCAACACACUGAUAAAGAGCUUCAAUAAAGUGAUGCUGCUACAAA